GCACCGUCCCUUCAAACCCUAAUUCCCCACUGGAACAGUCAGAUGAGGCUGAACGGCGGUGGCGAAUCUAGAGGACACACACGGCCACAGACACCCCCCGCCUCCCCACCCGGGGCAGAGAGCGGCCGAGGACCACGGGGAAGGGGGUGAGCCACCCUCACCCGGCGGAGCCCCUGCCCGAGAGGGGCCGGACGGCAGGAGGAUGAGCGCGGACACUCGCUCCAGUUGACGGGGCUGAGAGCACCUGAGCGUCCCCGCGCGUACCUGAGGCAUGGCUCUGCUCAUCGCCUGGGUGUGCGUCGCUGUGAGCCUGAACAAGGCGCUGGGGGCCCAGGGCGACGGCGGGGACCUGUACUCGGAAAACAUCACCCGCAUCCUCGACAAGCUGCUGGACGGCUACGACAACAGGCUCCGACCGGGAUUUGGAGGUGCCGUGACUGAAGUCAAAACGGACAUCUACGUGACCAGCUUUGGGCCAGUGUCCGACGUGGAGAUGGAAUACACAAUGGAUGUCUUCUUUCGGCAGACAUGGACUGAUGAGAGGUUGAAGUUUAGUGGGCCAACUGAGAUUUUGAGAUUGAACAAUUUAAUGGUUAGUAAAAUUUGGACACCAGACACAUUUUUUAGAAAUGGAAAAAAAUCAAUUGCUCAUAAUAUGACAACUCCUAACAAACUUUUCAGAAUUAUGCAGAAUGGAACUAUUCUUUACACAAUGAGACUAACCAUUAAUGCUGAUUGUCCUAUGCGGUUGGUGAACUUCCCUAUGGAUGGACAUGCUUGUCCAUUGAAGUUUGGAAGCUAUGCUUAUCCAAAAAGUGAAAUAAUUUAUACAUGGAAAAAAGGACCCUUGCAUUCGGUAGAAGUACCACAGGAGUCUUCCAGUCUCCUCCAGUAUGACCUCAUAGGACAAACUGUAUCUAGUGAAACAAUUAAAUCUAACACAGGUGAAUAUGUAAUCAUGACAGUUUAUUUCCACUUGCAAAGGAAGAUGGGCUACUUCAUGAUACAGAUAUACACUCCAUGCAUUAUGACAGUCAUUCUUUCUCAGGUGUCUUUCUGGAUUAACAAGGAGUCUGUUCCAGCCAGAACAGUUUUUGGAAUCACUACAGUUCUAACAAUGACCACUUUAAGCAUCAGUGCACGCCAUUCUUUGCCCAAGGUGUCCUAUGCAACUGCCAUGGAUUGGUUCAUAGCUGUGUGCUUUGCCUUUGUCUUCUCUGCACUUAUUGAGUUUGCAGCUGUCAACUACUUUACCAAUCUUCAGACCCAGAGAGCAAUGAGGAAGGCAGCCAGGGCAGCAGCACUGGCAGCAGCACUAUCAGCAGCAACUGUACCGGCAGAGGACGAGAUUGUCUCGCAUUCUGACUCUAACUGCAACCUGAAGAAGCGAGUAAACUCUGUAACGUCUCAGGCAGAACAAUCUCCUGAAGCCAGCAUAAUAUCAAAUAGUGCAUCCCAGUGUCAACCAGUGUCUGUUCCUCCACCAGCUCCACCACCACCACCACCAAUUGGAGGCACAAGUAAAAUAGACCAGUAUUCUAGGAUCCUCUUUCCAGUGGCAUUUGCAGGAUUCAACCUCGUAUACUGGGUUGUUUAUCUUUCAAAAGACACAAUGGAAUUCUUUGAACCUACUGCAAUGCAUCUUCGAAAUGACCAUCAGUCCAACUGAAGAUCAGCUCAAGGUUUCAAAGAAUUCUCUGAAGGUCAUACAGGGCUGAAGGGAUUUCAAAGGAUUUGGUCUAUCUACAGGUGCUCUCAGUUUUCAAGCAGGGAAUACUUACAUUCGACAUGACCUGGAAACAAACUCUGGACAAAUCCAAAAGACGGAAGCUGCACAGGGCUCUAACAAUACUUCCUUCAUAUUUCUUAUACUGAUUUUACUAUAAAAGUUCUCGUUAAAUUACUUUGUUCUAUUGUCAAAGAAAAGAACGUGCAUUUGUUCUAAUUCUGUUAUAAACAACAAACUGUUUACAUUGAUAUAAAACAAUAAUAACAGGAUUAUUUUUAAAAAAUACUGUAAAAGUUGCUAAAACAAGACUGAUUCUGAACUGAUGCAACUUGGCAUAGUUUCACUGAAAGGUGAGGAGCUGCACUGAUCUGCAGCACUUGAAACACACCCAAAAUACUUUUAAGAAAUCCCAUGAAAGGGAACUGCAAUCGCAUCAGGUUUUCAUAACCCUUUCACAGAAAAGAUGAAUGAUGAAUUCUUAUUUUCUUUAAUUUCAUUUUCAUCUCUUUAAUUUUGAAAUAAUAUUUAUAAACAACAAGAUAUAAGAAAAAAGGAAAUAGAAACUAUUUUUCUAUUGUUUAUGUACUUUAGCUAGUUAGUUAUGAUACUGCUUUUUUUUUCUUUUUUGGAAGUACAACCAGACUAGUAACAAGCAAUUUCUGGGUAGGAUCUAGACAGGCAGGACUGAGUUGUCAGGGAAUUUUCAAGGUCUAAAGCUGAAUAGACAGAAAGAUGCAGCUACUCAUCAAGCUAAACGCAAAUCUCCAACUCCAGGGAACUUCCUAGAAGCGAGUCUUGACAAGUAGUUAGGGAACAAGCUGCAUUUUAUCAGCUGAUUCUACUGAAUUGCCUGUAGUAAACUCCCUGGAACCUUUUUUUCCAGAGGCAAAAUACUGUCAGCAUAUUCAGAGUUUCAAAAUAAUAUUUUAGUUCAUUUGUCACUCUCAGCACAAGCAGUUGCAGGAUUUCUUUCUCAUAUUUCAUAGUCAUCUGUUAUUUUACUAUACAUUCACCCUUCAUCUCCAUAAUCCUUUUUAAGAAUGUAAUUUGAAAAACUAUGCCUAAUCAAAUCAAACCCAAGGCAACUUCAUUGCACGUGUAAUGGACACCAGUGGGAGUCAAAAGCACCCAAGGAACAUUUACAUGCAGCCAAAUAAAAAAUAAGGACUCCUAUCUUUAAAUUUAAUACAUUGAAAGUAAAUCAACUUUAACAGAAACAUUAAAUGUUGCGUUGAUUUAGGAAAUUCAGGGACUUUUGCUUUGUCUAAACAAACAUCUUACUCACUGUGAGAAAAUAUUUAGAGGCUGAUUAAAGUGUUGACACCAGUACACUGCCAACUGCUUUACUAGCUCCAUAGCAUUUUUAGCUCUCUGAUGAUCUAGCUCCAGCUGUUUUCUUCCUCCCAUUUCAAGAGGACUACAGAGCUUUUCCUUGUGCAGUAGCUGGGCUCAAUAUGUGAGAUCACUUGUUGUACUUCCUGUUCUUGAACUCUGAAGAGCGUAAAUGGGACAAUUUAAAUAGACUUCAGUCCGUAACUACUGUUUGCAUGGAGAUGUCAUGUUUGCAGUUUGCUUUUCCUGACUGGCUGCGGGCUGGCACACUUGGAUGUAUUUGUAAUUGCACUGAAUUCUUUCUUCAUUUUCCUUUUGUGACAAUUUUUCCCAUUUUCAGCCUUUAUAUACUAUUUUUAAAAAAAAUUAAAACAUGGACACUGGGAAAAUA